AAAAAAGAAGCAUGUGUGUUUUAUAACAACAUAACCCAAAACCCAACCUUGUGUUGUAAUAUUCCAGAAUUUUUCUUGAAAUCAGAUCCCUAGGGAAUAUCUUGUUCGAUGGGGAAGAAUGCAAGAACUCGUAAAUUCGCUCAGCAGCGCUUUGCUCAAAUGAAAAAGAUGAUCAGUUCCAAAGAUGCAAGAAUAAAACCAGAACUUCGAGUUGUAAAGAAGAAAAAAGCAGAUCCACAUGAAAUCAAAGUCAGAGAAGUGCCCCAAGUGUCUUCUGCUUUGUUCUUCCAGUACAAUACGCAACUUGGCCCACCCUACCAUAUACUGGUAGAUACAAACUUUGUCAACUUCUCUAUAAAAAACAAGCUUGAUAUCUUCCAAAGUACGAUGGACUGCCUGUAUGCAAAAUGCAUUCCGUACGUGACGGACUGUGUGAUGGGAGAGUUAGAGAAGCUCGGGCCGAAGUAUCGAGUGGCGUUGAGGAUACUCAAAGACCCGAGGUUCGAGAGGCUUACUUGCACUCACAAGGGAACUUACGCUGACGACUGCAUUGUACAGAGAGUCACUCAGCACAAAUGCUACAUAGUCGCAACGAACGACAAGGACUUAAAGAGAAGAAUCAGAAAAAUACCAGGUGUACCCAUCAUGUACAUAUCACAACACAGGUACACAAUUGAGCGGAUGCCAGACGCUUACGGUGCCCCAAAGACGUGACUACAAUGGAGCAUUUAAAAUAAAAAUAUUUUGAUUUUACAUUUUUGUUCUGUA